AUGCAGAAUUCCUCAGCGUUUAGCGUCGAUUCCUUAAUGGGGAAGAAAUCCCUCGACCCUAAGACAGCUGAUCUGGAGAAAGAGAACGAACGAAAGUCGGCAUUUUCUGUGGCUCCGCCAUUGCCAAAGCGUGAGUUUCCUCCGAGCGUAUGUAACUGCCAACCCUGUCAGCAAACAGCCGUAUCAGGUUACACCGCCAUUAGCCAGCCUGUACCGCCAGAGCCACGCUUUAUGCCCUUACAGUCCAUGGCAGGCGCUGUUUCAGUACCUCCCUCAGUUUAUCUGCCUAAAAGUAAGUUAAACCUUUUUCUACUUGUAAAGCGAUUUCUUCUUAUCAUUUUCCAUCCGUUUUCACUGCACACAAAGCUCUCAAACUAGUUUUUCGACCAGCCUUUUUUAAACAAAGAAUCAAUACAUUUCUUUUCUCAAUGAAAGUUCUCUACAACCGUUUCAGGUUUUAAAACAUGAACCCCCCAAAAUUCUUUCUGUUCUUUCAUUUGCUCUUAAAACAACGUCUUCAAGUGUCCUUUCGCGUUGUCAUGAAAGUGGCCAGUUUUACUGUUGCUAGCUGAGGUUAAUUUUUAGUUCCGCUCAAGUGGUCAACGGAGAAAUAAAAGAAUAUACUGUGUGUAUCAAAUUGGAUUUUUAUAACCAGACACUCUUUUUUUGUCAGUACAAAACGCUGCAAAACGCUGUCUUUUUUCUGCCUGUUUCUUUUCUCAGUAAUAGAAAAACGACAUUCAAUACAAGAAAUAAACCAAAAAACAAAAAAUAUACCAUUUUUUCGUUGGAAAAUAAAGUUAAAAAAUUCUGGGUACAUUUUAGAGUUGCUUAACAUAAAAAACCCAUUCUAUAUUCUCCGUAUUUUAUCUCAGUAGCCAUCUUUAGGAAACAAUCUUAAUGAAUUAAACGAGAAUGUAUUUUGUUUCUACACUUUUUCUAAUCUAGCCUUUUCAGUGCACUAACGAUUUUUUUUCAUUUUUGAUUAAUUGGUUAUAGACUAAAUAUGAAAGAAUAAAACUGGACUACAAAUUAUAAGCAAGAAAUUACAGACACUAUCGGCUGCUUUCUUUAAUUUGCCAACUAUAUAUAUCGCUAAGUUAAACGUUAAAUUGUUCGUUUAUGACAAUCAUUGGCCUAACCGAUACACGAAACCAAAAGCCUACUAAAUAAGAUGUAGCUUCAUAAACAACGCUUUUUACUUGAAUAUCUAGUUUAAUCGAACAUUUUAUUGAGAAGACUUGAUUUUGAAGUGAGAGCUUCAAUAUUUUGUAGAUUUUGCCAUCAAACUGCUCUAAAGUUUGUAAUUUUUCGUCCCACAGAAUUUUCUUAGGGUGUGGUUUAGGCUGAAAAUAUCAAUUCUAAGGUAUCAUUUCUGAAAAUAGUCUUACGAAUGAGAAUCUUGUUGUGAUUUCUUGAAUGCUUCGAAUUCUAACUGCAAAAUCCGGUAAGUUAACGUCUUUUUAACUCUCCUGGACAUGACAUAUGCCCAAAUGUUUUCUGCAAAGAUUUCAGAACCGUCCUCAACCCACUGGAACAGUCAGAAAACCAGUUUAACCGCUCUCAUCAUUAAAAUUUCAUCUUAAUUUUAAUCGCCUCUAAAAGCACAGGAAACGGGCGAGCAAUCAAACAGUUAGUUUAACAGUUGGACUCCCGGUAACGCAAAAUUUAUAUAGUGUAUUCUAAUUGUUUCAAAAGUGUAUGUAACAGGAAUUUCACGGUCAUUUAAGUUCAAAGUUCUUAGAGUGUUUGACUCCCAUCGAAUACUGAUCGAUUUUAUGCCUCAAAGCCAAAGUCUAAACGCAAUGAUUUUAAUCUUUGGGUGUUUAAUAUAGAUGCUACAUUUUGACCCAACUUAACAGUUAUACUGACAAACCGUUUCGUUAUAUUUGAGGUCAAUCGUUCCACGUAAUCAUAGCAAUUACUGGGUUAGUCAAGAAAAAGAAACAACCCUUUCUGAUUCCCCUUUUCGUUAAAGAAUAGUCUUUGCAUCCUGAGAACAGUUUUAAAGAUGACAGAUGACGCAAUGACGUCUUGUUUUUAAUUCCAAGGUCAGGAAGGGACAGUUUUGUUUGUAAAAAAUCUCUUUAUCAGGUUUCUGCGCGCUUUCUUAAAGAACCAUUAACGCGCGUGCUUGUAAACAAAAGCGAACACACACCGUUUCUCAUCGAUAUAAUUAAGUGGCGACUUUUUGUUGUUUCUCUCCUUGUUUUACUGUAGAUAAUGGAAAGUUGAAAAUUGUUAAUGGGCAGCUCAUUAUGGGAAAAACUGAACAUGUUAAAUUUUUCACAGCUUUCGCGGAUGAUGGCAAGCUACUUAAUAGGUUAAAAGUUAUAGGCAACAUACUAAUAGCAUUUGUUCCAUCUAAUUAUUGUAUCGUUUCCCCUAUACUUGAAACAAACAGAUUCUUCGUCUUUCUUCUCGAUAUUAAGCCCCUUAAUUUUCCCUGUAUUGGACAAUAGUCCCAAAGAGCUCUCACUGUUUUUACAUUUCCGGAUGCAAAACCUUUCCACUGGAACAUAUUUUCCAAUUCCCACAUUAUAAACGAAAAAUCUGUUGAAAGCAUUUGAUUCUUCCUAAUGUGACACCCUUAAAAAUUUUCAGAAAAUAGAGUUUAGAUUUGGUUCAGUUUUUAGCAAGGAGAUUUAUUGCGUCAAGUUCCGGACUGUCAUUCGAAAAACUAAAACGAUCAUUUAGUGUUUUAUUGUCAAUGAACAAGAGAGGAUAACAUAGCAAAUAAAGUUUUUUGGCUUUUUGAUACAAGGGUCAAAACAAAAUCAUUAACUAACUUUCGAAUUUAGGUUAUAAGUAAAUUCUCCGUCUAGAGUGAACAGUUUCCUAGAAAAGCUCUUUCUCUCUCUCUCUCUCCCUUUUUCUUAGUCUUAUUUGUUUUUAUUUUCCUGUAUUUUCUUUUACCUGUUGGAUUCUUUCUCUCUCUUUCUUCUUCUGGCCGUUAGCCUCUGCUUCGCGAGGCUCUGCAGUUCGCGUAUUUCCAGUAGAGAGAGGGCAAGAGAUAAUUCCGCUUUCUUGGAGAGAAGCAACACUUUUAAAUGAGAAAACAUAAAAUGGGGCCAUGUCACGCCCGGUCAUUUUGUUAUUAAAUGUUAAUUGCACGUCCUUAUUCCCUAGGAACUUGAGAAACCAGUUACUUCUGAAUGACAAAAUCACAGCCAGUCUUUCUUGUACAGCAGAUAUGUCUCCCAAGCGUUAUAUACAACGUUACAAACAACAAAAAUGACCCCUUGAAAAAAUGUUAUAGGUUCUAAAAUCUUUUUUAAAAGACCGAAAAUUGCAAUCCGUUUCAAUCUUCCUAAAGUUUGUCCAUCCGUGUCUCCUUUUGUAUUUGCCGCGUUAUUUACAUCUUCUUUCAAUGUUUUGCUGUUAUUUUUAUUUUUUUAGUCAGUUCGGUGGCGGUUUCCAAAAUUUUUUCGUGAGACAAUUUAGGCUGAUUUCAAAUAUCUCAUGGGGUAAAAAUUUCCACCAUCUGAUCUUAAAUCGAACCUCAACCUCCUGAAGAAAGAAUCUAAACUGUAAAAAAAAAAAUACUCAGUUAUUUCCCAUGUUUCUUGAAACUGAAGAACUCUAAAAUGGACAUAAAAAACCUCUGGACAUAACAACUUACAACUUAUAUUUAGAAAAAUUUCGAAAUUCUAUAAGUGAAAGGCCAAGAUAACCUCCAAAACACAACAGAUAAAUUUAACUGUCAACUGUCAAAAUUGGCAAAAUGAACUGACAACCUUCAAAGGUACCACCCGACUGAGACACUCAAGGAUGUUUCAGUGAGCCAGAACUCUUAUAUACCUUUAUAGCCAUAGCAAGAGUUAAAAAGACUUUAACUUACCGGAUUUUGCAGUUAGAAUUCGAGACAUUCAAGAAAUCACAACAAAAUUCUCAUUCGUAAGACUAUUUUCAAAAAUGAUACCUUAGAAUUAAUAUUUUCAAUUAUCGUCGGACGUCUUACGUUUAUAUGUGAGUCGAGGUUCGGUCAUUAUGUUGGAUUUCGACCAUGUUCUGAGGCAGUUUAUCUGAGUUCUUCGGUUUCUCCAUUGACGGUAACCCCUCGGGGACACUCCCUUAUUUGGCUUAAAAAAAGGGUAUGUGGCACUGAACAGGGUAUUACAUGGUUUUCAGGGUAUUUCAGGCUUACCUCUACCCAAACCUCUUUUGAACGCCUCACCCCCUCCACUACUACUACCAACACCGGAGUAAACUUCAUCUAGACCCUGUUAUCAUGCUUACUUAAUUUACCGCUUACCGACUUUGAUUCAAGCAGACUUAAAUUUUCUAUUUCAGCUCCUCAAAGACGCAAGAGAAAAGAAAGCAAGUCGAGACGUCAGCGGACAACCUUUACCAGCGAGCAAACACUAAAACUCGAGCUCGAAUUCCAUCAGAACGAGUACAUAACACGCUCUAGACGUUUCGAACUCGCCGCUUGUCUCAGCUUAACGGAAACACAGGUGAAAAUAUGGUUUCAAAAUCGCCGCGCAAAAGACAAGCGAUUGGAAAAAGCUCAAAUGGACCAGCAGUUAAGAAUAGCAAGUUACGCAGCCGGUGCUGGAAUCACAUAUCCGCCGUCUUACUUCAAUUACUACUCUACCCACUAUUACAAGAACAAUCCCAGCAUUCCACAGGUGCCUGGUUCUAUGAGCCAAAGAGUUGUCUAA